AUGGCGGACGCCGCGGUGGCCCUCACCCAAGGAGGAGUGGUAUCCACUACUCUCCAGCGCCUGGAUGCCCUCAUCGAAGCAUUUUGGGAGAAGCUAAGGGCCAAGCAGACACUACACGAGACCGUGAUAACUCCUAUGCGACCUACCUGUCACACACCAAGCAGCCCGACAGCACUCGCCAGAGGCCCGCUACGCCUGAGACGGCGGAGGAAGCGCCCACGUGCCGCAAAACAAGCCGCGCAACGAAAGGCAAUAAGCAGACAAGCGGUGAGCCGUGGAGCUCCACAGCCAUACAACCCCUUGAAACACAUGAACGACAAGCAGAGAGCCGAGGAGAAGGGAGAAAGGCACCUGCACAAGCGAGAUCAGCAGCUACCACCUCCGGCUGUGGGUUUGCAAGCCCAUGCUCUGUGGGACAGUAAAUUCCCUAUGAUGGGGAUAGGCUGACAACCAAGUCAAGCACUAAGCUACAUGCCAUAACUAUGGUAGCUGAAUGCAAGCUUAACAUGCUCUUUAGUAAUCCCCAGUUCAAGAGUAUUCCAGGUUAACCACUUACAUUCCACUUUGUCAUCCCUGUCUGGAUCUUAAUUUUAAUGUGCAUUUUAUGUGUUCCCUCACUGACAACCAACAUUGAGCUUAUAAAUGUACAUCCACUCUCUGCAUAGCUUAGCGGUUUCAUCCACUCAGCAUACAAUGGCAUCGUCCCCGAGCAUGUACAUAUAGGCAUAGGUCCCUUUAUCUAAUCCAGGUUAUGCAAACCGUACUUAACCCCCAGUUUCACCCUGUUAUUCUUCCACACACCAGCAGUGGCACUUGGUGCAUAAGUAACAAAAAAAGUGCAGACUAAGAGCUAUUGCUUUGUCCUCCUAGGACAUGUCUAUGAAGUCACUCAUGACAAAAAUGUGACAGUUUAUUCAAUAGCUUGUUAUUGCUAUAGUUAAUGCCUGAUUAUCUAAAUACAUUAGUCAUCAUGGCACAGAAUCGCAGACUGGUGCAACUGUUUAUACCAUGUUACUGUAUUAUUCUUAAGUACAAUCUCUAAAUACCAAGGCGGUCAGGAUGCUGCAAGCACGUUCGAUCUCAUACGGAUUGUUAUCACUUGAACAUGUGUGCCUAGAUUACUUUGUUAUUUAAAACAAAAAUGUGCAAAUUUUUCCAUGCCACAGUUUAACCUAUGUUUAACCAUAAAUAUACUCUGUUGUGGCGUAUGUAUGCGCCUUGUACUCACCUGCAUAACAAAAAUAAAGAAUAAAAAAAUAAAUUAAAAAAAGAUAGACUUGGAGGCAACUCGUGUAGCAUUUCCCACUUUGCAGAGGAGCUCGGGAGUCACAGUUUGAAAAGAGUAAUUCUUGUUGUAAACCUUCUGACAACUAUCACAUUCCUAUAUAAUUUAAAUUACUCCCUUAUGACAUCUAUCCACUACUAAUUAGCCAAUUUCUGUGUGCACUACACAAAUCACAUUAAAUAGCAUUAUUCUAUAGUGCAACAAUAAUUAAUGCAACGUUGGCACCCAGAUUUAUUUUUUUUCAAAAUUUACUCUUAUCUUACCGUUUGUGGAAUUAACUUUAUAAGUAAACCUAUUACUUCAUGUUAACACUGAAAGGGUAAACGACUUCUCUGGACACCUAUUCUUACAAACACCCGUUAUCUAAUUCUUCUCUCCUACAGGUAUGAUGACCAUGGCACAGCUGGGUGUAGUAAUAGGAGUGGUGACAGCAGUCGUUGCCCUGGUCCUCAACUCAUCUAUACAUAAGGUGGAGGAAGGUCAUCUGGCUGUAUACUACAGGUAAAAGGAUUUGCAAGCUUCUUACCAUUCUGGAUGUUGACACUCCCCUCCCCUUUUUUGUUUUUUCUCAUUUAUUUGAUUAAAUAUAAAUUAUUAUAAUAGCAACAUAUCUGUUACAUUACCACUGUGAAGUCCAUCAUUUAAGUGUGUGUGUGUGGGGGUUGAGAGUAAGCAUAGCCACUGUACCUAAUACCUAGAACAUGACCACCAAAGGAGCCUUGCAGAAUAUAGUUUUGAAUUAAAACACUGGUUCUUUUGCCUAUAUAAAAGAAAUAUGUUGAAUGUUGAUUAGAAAAAGUAAGUAUCUCACAAUUAGUGCUUUUUCUGAUUUAUAUUUUUAGACUGCUAGGCAUACAGCAUCAUUCUACAAGUAAUUACACAUUAUGUGUUUUUUCUUUCCUUUUCUUAAGAGGGGGUGCUUUACUGACUAGUCCCAGCGGACCUGGAUACCAUAUCAUGUUUCCUUUUAUUACUUCCUUUCGAUCAGUCCAGGUGAGUGUCAACUACACUGUACUUCGUAUACUUUUCUGACCAAUAAAAUAUAAAUUACAAAAAUUAACUACAGUGGCUUAUCUGGUAUGAGUGCUCAAGAUGCACUAAUUCCUUUGUGACCUUUGCACCUGGUACAAAUGUAGCCAUGUUUACACAGCUGCCCAUUGCCACUCAGGCUGAUGCUUCGUUAUUAGCCCAAGCAACAUAGUGGGAAUGGGCUGCUUGCAACUUUCCUUUAACAUUAAAAGAUUAAAGAUUAUUUAAUACUUCACAGUAAAGACAAUAGCAGAGGACUCUAGACACUAUACCCACUUCAAUGAGAUAUAGUAGUGACUGUGCAUAUAAUGUCCCUUUAAAAUGUUCUUAAAGUAUAUGUUAUGGAUUUUUCUUAAUCUAUUUUGUAUUUUCAGACUACUCUGCAGACAGAUGAAGUAAAGAAUGUACCAUGUGGAACGAGGUACGUUUAUUUUUGGUUAAAUAUUAAUGAAGAGCAAAAUUAAAGCAGUUUUAUUGCCCAAAAUAGUUUCAUUAUGCAAGACUAAAUUCUCAACUUGUCCAAAAUACAGUGGUCUAACCAGAUGUAGUUGGACCAUGGACAAAAGUAUACUUUCCAGGUAGUAUAUUAUUCCCUCUAAACGUGUCCGAUACACGCAUAACAAUGAAAACCACUGCCAGAAGUGUCUUAAUGGAGGAAGCAGGAUGUUGGCUUCAGAAUACGGAAUUCAAACAUUGCAUGGAGCAGUCAAAUUCAAUCAUAAUGUUUAUGUCCUAGUUCAGAGUGUCUCCUUCAGGUUAUUUACCCUGCUAGUUUGAUUUACUUUUUUAAACUUUAUAAUGUUGCCUUUAAUAUGGUGACUUUAAAGUUGCUCUGUCACAUGUUAGUAUUUUCAUAAAGAUAUAAGCUUUAUGAAAUACUAAUGCCAUUUAUGUUGGAAUUUCACUGAAAUUCGAAGGGAAUCCAAAGAUACCACAAAACAGAGUAGGGACCGAUUUUCCUUAUGGGGUCUUAUGAGGUUGCCAAAAGGUGGAGCUUCACCUUCAAUCCACCUUUUGUUCAAUCCAGCAGCCGUCACAAGUGACUGCUGUGGGAUGCAGGGAUCAUCCCGCUGAUUGUAAAACAUGAUCUAUGGAGUCUCCUGCAAUCUUAAUCAACUCACAGAGCUUCCAUCAGCUCCUCCAUACAGGACUUCAUUUACAAGCUACUGACUUGUUGAUACCGCACCCCUUAACUCCUACAUAGAUUAAUGAGAUCUCUGGCAUGUGUUGGGGUGCCUUGGUUUCUGAUAUAUUCCUCUAUCGGGAAUCCAUACACUCAACUAUGAACCAAAUAGUGAGGGGAAGCAGAACCACUACAACCAAUGGAGAUACUGCUUCAUCACACCUUGAUGCCACUAUCCCAGUACAAAAAGCCUCUUGCUAUACACUUGCUCAAUGGGGCUAAAUUCCUAAUCCCUGUCCUCUGGCGGGCAAAGGGGUAUCCCGAAGCUCCACCAGUGGAUGACCAGGAUUGAGGAGAUACGACAAAUAGGGGCCCUACUGGCUUCUCUACAAAACCGGACUGACAAAUUCCAUACUACCCUGGACAGCCUUUAUCUCUGUGCUAGAAAACCUAAGCAAGCAAGCUACCCACCAAGGUGGGGGGGGUGCAAAGGAGGGGGAGGCACUAUUGUGCUAGGAAAACAACUUUGUUUUCCUAGCACCUUAGUUUCCCUUUAAUACACAAGUCUCACCCAGCCAGUCUGUAUUAUGAGAGAAGCAAUGCACUUGCAGUUUGUCUUAUGCCUAAGCCACUUGCUUACUUUCAAAUGUACAUAUCAGUUGAUAGCCGAAUUACAAUGAAUAUUUUGGUUUUUGAUUCCUGCUCCGGACAGGCUGGUGUAAUAACUCUUUAGUUUUUUUGUUGGUAUCUAUUUUUCUAACUCCUAUGUACCUGAUAAAAUUUUAAAUAAAGAUUGUGGGGAAAAAAAUAAAUAAAAGUAAGCAGGACUAAUUAUUUGAUUAGAUUUCAGAGAGCCAUUUGGAACAAGUCAGCGAUUACAUAUAUAAAAUAUCAGCCCCAUCAAAGGAAAUAAAGUGUUCAAGUAUCAUACAACUAAUCUCCUGUGUCAAGUAUCAUACAACUAAUUCUCACAAUUCAAGGGACACCAAGAUGUGGCAUUUUCAUAUAACUAGUCAAGGAAACAAGUCAGGUUUAUGACUAUGGUGAAGCUGUUAACUAAAUAAUGUAUCCAAAAAACGCCUUUUUGAAAAUGAAAUAAAGCUUACUAAUAAGCAAUUUUGUUAUGUUAUGUUUAGUAAAGGAAACCUAUACAAGGUUACCACUCAAAGUAUCAUAAGCACUUCAGCCUGCUGUAGUAGUUGUGGUGUCAGGAUUCCCCUGGCACUGUUUCAGUUUAUUUAGUCAGUCUGGUUUUGUACACUUGGACAAUGUACUUGUGUCCCACUGGACAUACACUGCCACAUCCUUUGCUUCCCUACUGAACCAGGUAGGACUGCAUUCAUUGCCUGAGAGCAUCAGCUACUCCCAACCAGCUUAGCUGCAGAGAUACAUCAAGCUUCUUCUGCAGAAAACCAGGGGUGGUAUAUAACUCGGAUAACAACUGUAAACCAUUCUAAAAGGGGUUUGAUAAAUUACACUGGGAUGAUGACCGGAAACUUCUGUAACCAUAACCACUACAUGAAACAAAGCAUGCAUAGAAGCUUCGUUUAAAAUCACCUUCGAGUGAUUCAGUGAGGAGAAGUUUCCUUAUUUUAUUCCCUUGUUUUUCCUCUAAGCUAUUUUCUAUUCCCUCUCAUGCUGCAUUCAAAGCUUAGUCCGGUUCCUCUAAUAAGGGUUGGAAUAUUAGAAGGGGCUAUUUACAGGCACACAUUUUAUAUGAUGGCUUGAUUUAGUUGACAUUUGCAACUUCUAUUUGGAACCUUUAGGUAUAUGUAUUUUUGUUGAUUAUCAGGGUUUUUUUCUCCCAUUUUUGCAAAUAUAUUUGUCUUGUAACAUUCCAGUACUGGGAGUUCAUUUAUAGCCACAUUACCUGGGUUAGUGUACCUUCCCAUACAGACUUUUGUCUCUCCUUCCCAUUGUGUGAAGGAUUUAAGUUGGCAGAGUGCCAUAUUGUAUAACCUAAUGUAAUGUUUCAGUUCAGUAUUUUGCUACUCCCUAGGCCUGUUAUUUAAACAUCAGGACAUCAUUUUGUUUAGCUCUAAAGUUUAAAGGGAUACUAUAGUCAUCAAAACAACUGCUUAAAGGUCACCAUAACAACUGUUACUAUUAUUAUAUUACAGUUUUGUAGUUGAAUUUUUCCAAAUAGUCUAUUUUGGCCAAAGUUUUGCAAUUCUGUUUCCAAUUCAGUAUUUAGUGAUCUUCUCACUAAUCUCUUAAGCAUUUGUUAAAUAGCUUCUCUUGCACUUUUUCCUGCUUUCAUGUCUUAUAUAUUCUUAUUCCAAUUUCCUUAUCUACUAUGCCCUAUGUAUAGAUUCUUGACUUUGUUGUACUUGUUUUUUCAGUGGAGGUGUUAUGAUCUACUUUGAUCGAAUUGAAGUUGUUAAUAUGCUGCUUUCUUCAGCAGGUAAGUGUAUUUGUCUUUCAGCACGUCUUGGGUUUUGUAAUACCUCUAGAUAUUGGAAUAUAUCUAUCUUUUUCCAUCACCUUUCUGGUUCUGAACAGAAAGAUUACCAAAGUGCACAGGAUCUGCACACAAAAAAACCUUCCAUAUUUGCCGUAAAAAAAUUUUUCAUUAGUAUAGUGGCAGUACAAGAGGGAUGUUCUUCCUUAAGGUGGACAAGUAGCAUGUAUAAUUAAAUAUGUAAACCCACAGCUUCAUACCUUAAAUAACCAAAUCCGUAAUGGCAAGAAAACAGAACCAGGAGACCAAAUCCUGCAAAUAUAUCAAAAUACUUUAUUAUACAGGGUGGAAUCUGUACUGCCGCUAUACCAAGGGUAAAAUAAAAAAAAAAUUACGGUAAGCAAAAUUUCUGUUUUUCCUGGCGUAUAGGGUCAGCGUGAGGGAUAUAGCAAGAUCCCAAACUGGGUGGGAAGUCGGGAUACAGCAGUAAACCACACCUUACGAUCAAAAGCAUCUUCUGAGGACUAAAAGAUGUCUAGCCUGUCUUGAUAGAUGAAGGUAUUGAUGACCAAGUUACUGCCUUAUAGAUAUCCUCCGGAGAAGCCUAUGCAUUUGCUGCCCAAGAAGUAGCCAUAGCUCUUGUCGAAUUAGCUUUUACACUAGUGGAAAGAGACUGACCACUGACUUCAUAGGCCAUUUUUGAUGCCUGGCGAUAGUUGCCUUGGAUGACUCUUUUAUGUGCAUCUUGGAAAUUAAUGAAAAGGUGAUCAGAGAUUCUGAAAGACAAAGAAUGAUUAAUGUAGAUCUCCAGGGCUCUCUUCACAUCUAAUAAGUGCAAAUUGGCUGCUGCAGGAGUAGAAGGUGAUUGGCACAGAGUGGGCAGAAUAAUGGUGGUUGGCUUUUUGGAUAGUAUUUUUGGGAGAAACAAAGAUUUGAGAAUGGCUGACACUUGAACUUUCAAGGUAGAUAUACUGAAACCUAUCAAAAAGCCAUCUUGCAGAAACCCAACAAAUGGAUUGAUGGAGUUAAUAGUUCAUUGCAUUCGUCAAACCUUUUCCAGAUUCUCCAUUAAAUCUUAGAUGUUGAUUUUCUGUAUGAUCCAGAUCCAAUGUACCUUCCUCCAAUCCGUACUUCCGAAGUAUUCCAUGCUGUCAGUCAGAACAUAUAUGAAAAGUCUCCAUUGGUACUUGUGUUUUCCACUAUUGGUUCCCUGAGAGGUAGUUCCCAACUUCUCCGGGCCAUCUGUUUCAGCUCAGUAGGGCAUGAUAGCUAUAGCUGUAGCUUUGUCUAAUCCCAUCUUUAGUAAAAUACAUGGAAUCAAGGAGAUUGGAGGGAAAAUGUAUACUAGGUUGAAAUCCUAGAUGAUAGAAAGCCUAUCCAAAAAAUUUGUGUUAUCUGUCCGGCACAGGGAGGCAAAGGUUUUUCCUUGUUGCCCUGAGGUCUAUCUCUGGUUGACAGAAUUUCUUUGUGAGUCUGCCAAACAUCAUUGAAUCUAGUGACCGCUCAGUGUGCGUCCAUUGUGCCCUGCUUGUGUGUCCACUCCUCUGAUGUGAACAGCAGAAAUAGCUUCUGAUCGUUUUUCUGACCACAAAAUUAUUCUUGCACUUAGAUUGGAAAGAGCAGGGACUGUGUUCCUCCCUGUCUGUUCAGAUGGGUGACAACUAUGAUAUUGUCCGAUUGAAUCCUCACAAUUUUCCUAUGAUCAAAGUUUCGAAAGAGAAUAGAGCCCUCAGAACUACAUUUAGUUGCUUGAAGUUGGAGGAUUACUGAGCCUCUUCUGCAGAACAUUUGCCUUUCUGGAAUAAGGGCUUUAAAUGAGCUCCCCAGUCGGUAAUUGAAGCAUCAGUGGUAAUUGUGAGCCAAUCUUUUUGGUAAAAAAAAAACACCCAAACCCAGGAAGUGAAUAUGAAUCCACCACUUUAAUUUGUUUCGAACUUUUUUUGUAUUUGGUGAAUUCUGCAUCCAAAUCCUUCAGUUCCCCGGACCAGGAUUGAACAAUUUCCCAUUGAAGUGGUCUCAUUUGUGCCCUUGCCAGUUCACAGCUGGAAUGCAUGACAUGAGAAUUCCUAGUGUGCUCAUUGCUUUUUUGAUAGAACAGACUAAACCAGUUCUCAGAGACUAGACUUCUUUUCUAAUUUUCAGCAUUUUCUGUCAGGAAAGCUUGACGGAGAGAGACCUGGAGUCCAUUUCUAGAUGUAAAAAUGUGAUUCUUGUUGAGGAAAUAAAUUGACUUCUCACAAUAUACAGCCAGUCAUUACCCUACAAGAUUUGGAGAGUGACGUGGAUGUUUGUAAAUAUUCUUGAGGCAGUGGAGAGACUGACAAGGAGGGUUUUGAAUUGGAAGUGCAUUGGAUAGGCUAAAAAUCCCAAGGAGGCGGAUUGGGGGCUAGGCCAGCGCCGGCAGACUCGCGCAAUACUGGAAAUAAGGUUUUAACCCUUUCUAUGGUGGUUUUAACACUAUAGUGUCAGGAAUACAUGUUUGUCUUCCUGACCCAGUAGUGUUAAUUUAAGUUAUUAAAAUGUGCAACUAGUGAAAAUUAGUAUUUCGCAGACUGGUAAAAUGCUUGUAAGUGCUUAUAUAGAAUUAAGAGAUCACACGUCUUCAAAGUAUUUAUGCAGAUACACUUACCUAGCAUUCAUAACUGAAUCUCUGGGUCUCAAUUUGUAAUGUGCUCUUUGUUUAUACUUAUUCAUAUUGAUAUUUAAACUUGUUGGUUGUCAUUCAAGCUGUAUCAUUCUUGUUGUAAGUUAGGGGGGGGGGGCAAAUACUUUACAUCAUGCAUUAUACAUGGAGAUAAAGGCAUGCACAUCUUUAUUUAAAUCUAAGUGAUUUUUGCUCAGAAACUGGUAUAUAUAUUGUAGGUUUAUUUGCAAUGUGCUUUUUAAAUUUUAUUUUACCAUAACAUUUUGCUCACAUUUUUAGCAUUGAAAGUUUCUGGAAAUGAAACUCGGCUCUUGCCCAUUAAGUACGCCAUGAGACCUAUUUACUCAAAACAUUUGAACAAAAAUUUAGUAAAUCACACAUGCAAUCUCCUACAGCUCGGGCCGUAGUAGAAGGGUAAGAGAAUGGAUAUACAGCUGAGCAGAGGCCUCAGAAGUGGAAAUUAUCAGCACCAGCACACAUGCUGGAUUUUUAUAUUGUCACUGGUGCUAUUAUCCUUCGACAUCUUUAACAAAGGAGGUGAGAGCAGAUCUACAUGAACAGGGUGCAGCUCUUCCAUAUAAUCAGUGCCCAGCCAUCCAUCCACACCCAUAAUACCAUCCAUUCAUAUCCAUAAUCUAAGCUGUCCAUUUACAUCCAGUAGCCCUAGCCAUCCAUACACACCCAUUAAAGCCCAGUCAACCUCAAACACAAAUCGGCCCCAGCAUUCCAGCAUCAGUAAUUUUGAGCAUUGUAACCAAGCCUAUUACAUGGACAGAUCAUACAAAUAACUCAUGAGUAGAGUGCAAGCAAAAAUGUGAGUACGAUUUCAAGUAACUUUCAAGGAGUUUGCUAUUUGAUGUAAACUGCUCACAAGAUCUAAAUCUCAGGCAGUUAUGUGAAUAAGCCUCUUUUAAUUGAAAAUGAAAGCAAAAGGGAGAUGGCUCACUGUUUACUAUAGCUUGUAAAUAGAGCUGACAAUUUGUUAAUAUUUUGGGUUCUAGACACAAAAGCUGCAGGCUCUAUGAGUGUACUGUUCACAAAGCACCUGUACUACCAACUGGAUUCAGUAUUGUUUUAUAGGAGUCUGUCAUAGAACAAAUGAGGCAUACUAUGGCAUUUGAUUGAAACUGUCUGGAUUUUUGACAUUUUAUAUACUAAUCUCCUGACUUCUUUUAUGCUUUUUGUUUCCACAGUGUACGAUGUUGUUCGAAACUACACCGCCGAUUAUGAUAAGACAUUAAUAUUUAAUAAAAUCCACCAUGAGCUGAACCAGUUUUGCAGUUCUCACACCCUUCAGGAGGUAUACAUCGAGCUAUUUGGUAAGCGUCCAUGAAAGUAAUUUUGUUUUUCUUGCUCCUGACAGAUAUGUACGAACAUUCAAAAUCUAGGUAUUCACGAAAUUAGUAUUGUAAUUUUUAUUCCCAUGUUGGUGAGGAAAGUUUUUUUCAUAAAAGUGUGUGUGUGUGUAUUCUUUUCCUAUUUUUACUGCAGCCUCUUGGACUUUUUUUUGUCCUGUAGUGAGUGUAACGUGUUCCAUGGCAUCGGAGCAUGCACAAUGAGGCAUUUUCUCUGUGCAGCUCCUUAUUGUGACUCUGUACCAUCUGCAUAUGGUGAGUGCUGCAAGCAUUCCCUAAUUCCCUAAUAUUUUAGCUUUCGUGCGAGCGUUCAGUUCCUCAUUUCCUCUGCAAAGUUUGGUUUGAGUUACUGAAUAUAUUUAAUACAUCUAUGGAAGUGGUCCAUACUAAAGCUGUCACUGUAUGAAACCGAAUUCAUUUUCUAAUUCGCUUCAUAUCAUCCUUAUAUUAUCUAAAGGGUCUUUGAAUCUCUAAGCUUGUUCCUGUGUCCUAUUUAAUUAGUUGUUGCUGGAAUUAGUUACUCUAACUUAAAGGGACAGUCACAGAAAGUCUGAGUGUGGUUAGAAGGGGAGAAUUUUGAUCUGCAGCUGUUGCAAGCUGUUUUUAGAUAAACCUUCGAUGGGAACAAAAUUUACAUGUAUGCAUGUUUUCAGUGGUGUAUAUUUACUAAGCAAUGAUAUUUUAUUUGAUAUAUUUAGACAGCUGAGCGCCCCUUUAAAAUAUGUGCAGUGAUAGACAGGUCUUGUUUGCCGCAUUACUCUAAGUGUAGGGAAGAUUUAUUUACUUGUUCUGUCUUAUGUCUUCAUUUAUCUCUUUCCUGCCAUACUGCAGAUCAAAUUGAUGAAAACCUGAAGCUAUCUCUACAGAAGGAACUAAAUUUUAUGGCCCCUGGACUCACCAUUCAGGUAAUUGGAUGAGGGCCUCUGUCAUAUUCUUUAUUUUUGCAGUGCAUGCGUUUACAUACAGAUUUGCGAUACCGCAACAGUAUUGGCAAGUAAUUCAAGUAUCAAAUAUUGUUUAACUUUGACAUGGUAUGUGGAGUAACUGCACAUUUUUUAAAUAAUAUACAACAGAUUAAUGGUAAUGCUGGGUGUAGUUAGGGCAUGAAAGUGAGUAACAAAUUUGUAUACUGUGCUUAUCACCCGGGCAAUGCGAUAAAGUAAACAUGCUAUAUACGAUGUAGGUAUGGUGAAGAACAUGACAAACUUAUACUGCGCAUUUUCGUAUAUAGACAGGAUAGUAUUAUAUUUGCCUAAGGGUACUUAAGUUGGGUUAGUAGUUUCAACAGAGGCAUUAAAAAUAAUAUAAAAUAAAAAUAAUGCAAUCAAUGUUGUAGCAUGCUGGUAAAAUACAACUGGCCGAUACCCUGGCUACACUGGGACCGGUGUGAGACUACUUAUGGCAUUUAGCCUAUGCCACUCAGAGUCCAAGUGUAGUGAGGUCGCCUGGUACCAGACUCUGUCUCCCCCUCCUGCAAGGUCAACGCUUGUAUAGUAUAGGCAGCUGAGGUCUUAAAUGCAACAAUAAUUAAAAUAAAAAUAGGCACUAAAUGUCUAAGUCUGUUGCUGGUGCCCUUGGAACAACCUGCCAGGGGUGGGAGAGUCAUCUGCCCAUUUGCAGGGUCAGCCAGUUCCCCAUUGGAGCCAAACUAAGUUCUGCCAUGAGAGUCCCGGUGUCAGGCCCAUCAUCCCGCUGGAGUGGGGGCAGGUAAGGUUAAAGUGGAAUUCCGGAAAGGUGUUCGACGUCUGUCUGAGCUUUGCUUGCGGCAGCAGUGACUUACUUGGUUUGUGGUGCAUAGUGUUCAUAUUGCGCUUUAUUGGGUCACCUACCCUCCGCUUCACCUUGGGUCUCCUGCUUCGUUGUGCCAUUGUCGCGUGAUGGGCUACACCUGCAGCUUGGGAGGCUUCACUGCACCGUUUUCCCGCAGCCGGCGAUCUGCUUGGUGUGGCGGGUCCCAUGCGCGUUUGAAACUUUGUCCCCCUCUGUGGCUCCUUCUUCCGUGCUGCUUUGUGCUGGCUCCCAGAUGGGGGGCGCCGCGCACAGUUCUACCAUUUCGGAGCCUGCUUCACCGCCGUGUAUGCAGUUUUCCUGGGUUCCCGGCCGGGUUGCACAGACUGCACUCUGAGUGGGUAUGUACCCAUCUGUAUUGUGGCUUGCAUUGCGUGAGCACUUAGCCGCUGUGGGGUGGUCAGAAAUCUUCAAAAAUUUUCUCCAGCCGAGUCAUGGUGGUGGGUGCUGUAUCUGUGAGGUUGGUGGAGCGCAUGGUUGGUGGAGCGCAUUUUAGGCCAGUUGUUGUGCUGCGUGCUCUGUCUUGAGAUGACUCACCGGGUUCCCGUUAAACCAGGGCAUCUGCUCAGGGGGGGAGCGGGAUCACCCCCACCGGUCCAGAGGGUGGGGGGGGACAGGGGUCUUGUCUCCGUUUAUCAGCCAUGGGUGUCAGCGGGGGAGCAGCCGUCUCCCUCAUGCUGACCACGCUUGUAGGCCCCGCAGGACGAGGAGGCGAGUUUCGCUGGAAGUGUCGCUUGUGAGGCAUCAUUGUGUGCCCCUCUUUGUCACCUUCCUCCUGGUGGCCUUUUUGAGCCGAUUAAUUCUCGUUUUGACGGCUGUUUUGUACUUUUUCCGUGCUGCAGAGCAGGAGCUGUAUAGUUUAGCUUCCUCUCCUCUCAGAGGUCAGGCCCCGCCCCCUCGAAUUGUGUGUGUUUUAACCACAGUCGUUAAAACUGUACGAUUUCCUUUUGCUAUUCCUGUAAGACCGCAAUAGGUCUAUACAGCUAUAUUUGGUUGCUUUGCAUGUCAAUGAGUCCUUUGGAAAUAGAUCUUGCAUCAUUGUUCUUAUAGCCAUACCCACUCACUAAAUUUUCUGGAGAUCACAACAUUUAUUCUUCCGAGCCAGUUGGCAUAUUAAAACAAAGCAGAGUUACUGUAACAAGAUACUUUGGAUCUUCAUUAAAAAUACCUUGAAAGGGACACUCCAGACCUCUAGAGCAAUUCAGCUUGUCUCCUACAGGACGUGAUCCCAGUUUAAUUCUUUUAAUAUCUGACAAUCUAUUUUUAUUGAUUAUAUCAAUGUGUAGUAGAGAAAAAGUACAGUGCAGGUACAGAGAUAUACAUGAACAAGGAAAAUGGUACAUAUUUAAUACAUCUAUGAAAGUGGUCCAUACUAAAGCUGUCACUGUAUGAAACCGAAUUAAUUUUCUGAUUUGCAUCAUAUCAUCCUUAUAUUAUCAGUGUAGUGCAAGGGAAAACGCAUACGAGCAAUAUGUUUCUUUAUCCCGACAGGGCUUCACCCAAAUGUUUUGUAAUAUUUGAGAGGGAAUCCAUCGGGCUCAGGGGCCCUGCCUGACUUAAUGGCUUUCCGCAGGUCCUCCAGGGUGAUUUCAGAGUCCAAGCGUUGUGAUUUGUGCUGGACUUUCUUCUGCAUGUUAGUCGACAAGUAAUUAGUCAUGUCCUCGAGAUGCACAGUUGUGCUAUCAGGGUAGUCUCCGUCUGAUAGGUUGUAGAUGCCAGUCUAUUACUUGUGGAAAGUGUCUGCAAUAUCUGAUGUGAAUUCUGAGACCUCAUGGAAAUUCAUCUGGAUACUUUAAAUAUGGAUGCGAUAUAUGUUUCUUCCAGAGCAUGGUUGCUAGCAGCCAACCGCAUUUAUUGGAGUGUUCAUAGGAAAAAACCUCUUGGAUUUUUGAAGCAUCCGAUGUUGUUGCUGCUUUAGUAGCAUUGCAAGGUCUUUCUUUGCUAAGAGCAGAUCGUGGAAUUCAUCUCCUAAAGGGGCCGUUUAUGUUGCAUCUCCAGUGUACCAAUCUUGUUCAAUAAAGUUCGGGUCUUCUUUCGGGUCAUGGCAAUGGUGAUAAAAUGACCCCGGAGCACACUCCUAUGGGCUUCCCACACAGACACUGGGAUGAUAGACUCGAAGUAGUUGGAGAGCAAGUCCUGGGUCAUCUGGAGAACCUCCUGCUCCAACAACGACGACUUAUUGAGCCUCCAAAUGCGUUCUCGUGACUUGAAGAGUGGAGAAGCCAUUUGGAGAGAGACUGGUGCAUGGUUCGACCAUGUAAUAUUGCCAAUGUCUGCAUCCUGUAGUAGUGACCAAUAAUUCUGAUGUAAGAAUAGUCUAGUCUAUUUUGGGGUAGGAUCCGUGGACUGAUGAGAAAUAAGAGUAAUCUUUAUCCUCUGGGUGGAGAAUCCUCCAGCGGUCUAUCAAAUGUAGCUGUUGCAAUGAUUCGUGUAUUUGUCUGAUACGGUUACACACGGAUCGUGCUGUGGCCAUGGUAUGUAUCCUUAGCUGGGUUCAUUGGGAGAUUGAAAUCUCCGCCAAGCAGUAGAACCCCAGCAGUAAAAUGCUUCAGGAGUUUGAGUGGUAGAGAGGAAGGCAUGUUUCUGGAUAUUGGGAGCAUAAAUAGUGGCAAAUGUGUACAGCUGCGAAUUAAUGAGGCCCUUGACAAAAAAGUAUCGACCAUCUGGGUCUGCUUUUCAUUCGGUAAGCGUAAAUGGGGUCUGGUGAGAGAACAGAAUUGAAAAUAUUAAAUAGUAGCCAUCUACAUUGAUGGUAAGCCUGAUGGCUCCCUAUGGAAAACAAACAUUCUAUUCAGAGUGUGAAAUAUAGGAGUGUGAGUAAUCAGGCCACCAUUGAAUUAUGCGGGGCGGAACUUGUGUGUAGAAAUCUGCACUAUAGUGUUCUGAUACCAGAGUUAUAGUCUGACGUUGAUAUGAAAGCUUAUCUAAAAAAAAUAAAAAACAGAAUAAUUGUCUGUGGGGUGUUGUAAGAUCAAAAGCUGCAGUCGGAGGCUCAGCCAGGGGACAUAUGUGUGGAUGCCCAGUAAUCUGCUGUUCCAAACUAGUGUGACCACGGCCCCAUCAGACAAUAGGGGACAGGAACGUUGCCAACUUAAGUGUGACAAGGUGUUAAUCACUUCCCUCCGAAUGGAACCAUUACUAGAAUAGAUGCAUUCCUGGAGCAACCGGAUGGGGUACGAACAUUAGGGGAAAAGUCACGGAGAGAGGCAGACAAGCCAUACACCUCCCUCUGCUAAGGCCCAACCAUAAGAUCUAGAAUCUGGCACUAGCAGUAAAUGCUGCCUGACUCCUCUCCCCGGGAGCUCACCCCUCCUCCCUCCCACCGAGAAUGAACCGUGUUAGUCUACCUAUGUGUCAAAAGACGUAGACAAUAAACAUAUUCAGGUAAACCACAAAUCUGGAUAUUACUUCUCUGGCCCCAAUUGUCGAGGUCCACGACCUGCCUGCGGAAAUCGAGCAGCAUGAUCUCCUGCCGCGUGGUCGCCAGCUCAGCCGCAGCAUGGGUUUGUUUGGAGCAUUCUGAGGUUGCCUUCAGCGUGGAAACUUGCUCCUGCAAAGUAGCAACAUCUUGCUUGAUAGCUGCCAAUUCUGCCCAUAUUGUGCGCUUCAGGGAAACCUCUAUAACCCCACCACCCUCCCGCCCGCAUUGGCCUUUGUAAACAUGGUUGUGGCAAAAGCACGAAGGUCCGCGUGUAGCUGGAUCAUAGGGUAAUGUUUCUCCUUUCCUGGUUUUCACGGUACGUGGGCUCCUCGUGGCCAUCUGCUGCAUGGUUGGCCAAAUCCGGUCGCAAAUAAGUUUUCCAUCGGUCCAGAUCUAGAUGGCAACGGGUGGCAAGGCGGGUUGGGCGUACCUGACUUCUUAGUUCAGGCCCAUUUUACCCAGAGUUUUAUGUUGUUGGCAACGGUUUUUCGGGACUCUGGGCUGGGAGCAUAGCGCUCAAGCGCCCAUCUUGUUCAAGCGCCCGGAAAUGCCCCCCAAAUGCAGAUUUCAAUAGAAAUUGCAACUUUUAUAAAUUAACCUUGUUACACCCCCUGACUGUCAAUCCAACAACCAGCCCUGUUACUGCCAUGUUGUUUAGCUCAAUGGAGCUAAACUCAAGAGGCAGCAAUUACCCAGGGCACCUGUCUUACAAGGACUUCUCAUUGAGAUACAUUUUGGAAGUUUCUGAUUUGAUAGCCACAGAAAGUCUGGGUUAGAGGUAGAGGGCUUGCAAAGAAUGCAGACGAGAUCUGCAGCUUUCGCAUGCUGUUUUUUGUUUUUGUUUUAAUAUAUACCCCCAAUGAACAAAAUGUGUAAUUAAAUGCAUGCAUGUUCGUUAAGUAUGUAUAAAAUAAUUAUUUUAACUGAUUUUUAAAAGUUUUUAUAAUUUCUUUUUUUAAGUGUUUGUCGUAGUAGUGCUCUUUGAAUUUGAACUUUGCUACCAGUGUAUUUACUUAUGCAGAACUUGUAUAUAGCAGAGGUUAUCAAUGUUCAGUGCGCAGGCCAGUAGUUUAUCUGCAGGGUUGCCUUCAGGUUGCAAUUGUGACAUAUGUCUAUAUACUGGCUUUUGAAUAUCAGAAUUAUUAUUCAUUGUGUACCCAUAAUGCAUUGUUCACCUUGAUGUAUAUUUUGUAUUGUGGUAAUACUAGUAUAUAAUAGUAUUAUAAUAGUUUUAGGGACUUAACUAAAGCACAUUUUAUGUGUUUGGUUAAUAUAUUAUGUUCAUGUUAUUGCACAAAUCUUGUUUCUAUCUAAAUACUUUUUCAAAUAUAAAUUCAAAUGGAUUUUAAGAAGGACAUUUAAUUGGGCUUAGUUCGCAAAGAUUUCAGUUCUGAAGGAAUUUAAGUAUUAUGGCUUGUGCUAGGAUUGCUGCAUGCAUCCUCUGUAUCAAUAAGACUUUCUACAGGACACAAGGAGGUCCUUUUUUUUUUUUUUUAUUUAAUUUUUUUAUACAGGAACUACAAAACCUAAUUAAUUUGAUUCUCCGUUGGGAAGAAAGAAUUCCAAUCAUUAUAUUUUUCUCCCUAUGAAUAUUUCCCUUUCUCUUACAAUACAAGUAAGGAAUGGACGCCAACAUCUAAUUUUAUUUGAACAUUGUCUGUAAUCAGCAUGCUCGCAGACCAUGUAUUUUGUAGAAGCUGAGAGUCCGUGCUGUGAUCUAUUGAUGUAGGGUGAAGUAAAAAAAUAAAAAACUCUCAACAUACUGUCAGUGAGAGCCUGCCUGGAAGUUGUGGAAGUGUUCCGGCCUCCCCUCAAGAAGUAUAGAAGAGGGCACUCAUAUAUGUGCCCACGGUUGCUAUCUGUGUUUAAGAACUUUUACCUGGUUUGAAUACCAAAUCAUUUUGAAAAGAUCAUUGGUUAACAUGUAGCUGCCUUAAGAUAUGAAAGUGUGAGGUUUUUUUUUUUGUCUUGCCUCUCCUGCAAUCUCAUGUCCCUUCUGCUGCCCCCUCCUCCUAGAAUUGCCGAUUCUAGUAAAAUUAUUAUUUUCAAAAAAAUAUUAAAGUUCACUGUUGGUAAGUUAGAGUUAAAUGGUUUAAAAAAACAAAACACGUGAGGAUGCCUAGCCACGAACUAUGUUUUAAUGCAAACGCUAUUUCGACUGUCCUUAUUUACACUUAUCUCAGGUGGAUCACGCCAUGUACGUUUAAACAAUGGUAUAAUAGGGACCUGUAAUUAGACACCUAUGAUGUCUUAACAUGCAUGCUUUGGGUGCUGCUGUGACAAAUAAAUAGGACAAAUUAAGUGCAGCUCACUCCAUUUGCCUUUAAAUCAAAAAAAGGACAAAACUAAUAAAAUACAAACUGGCUUUUUAUACCAGUAGGGUUUUCGAAAUCACCUGACAACAACCAUGUGGAUUUAGUUACAGUGUAUGGCCACGGAUUGCAUACUCCUUUCUCAGGUUUUGGCAGAUAUAAGGUAUACAUGUUGUUUGUGAGGCUCCUCUAUUUCAUUCUCUGUAUAUAGAUCCUUCAUAUACAUUUUUUCACUGUACUAGAUUAAAUCAGAAAGCAUCUUCCAUAAGGAUGCCUAUUUGAUCCAUAUCUAGUACACCAAUGUUUUUAUUUAUUUUUUGCUUGUUCCAGAAGCCUCAAAUAUUUUGUAGUGACAUGGUAAUGUAACCCUGCUGUAUAUAAACACACAUUCUGUUUAUUGGUCGUAUCCUAGGCUGUGCGAGUUACGAAACCAAAAAUUCCAGAAGCAAUCCGGAGAAAUUUUGAGCUCAUGUGAGUAUCCCAGCUGCUUUGCAGUUUUUCAUUUGUACUGUGGGGCUUGAACUGCUGUAUUGUUUUUAUUUAUUUGUAGGGACUUUUUAUUUAUAUUUAAUUCUCUUUUAACAGUAGCUGCUCCAUUUCGUACAGCAAUAUAUCCAAGGUCAUUUAAUGUAAUCUCUUCCCUCAUUGCAUGUUUCAGGGGCACCCUCAGAAUGCAGUCACUCGUCAUAUAUGCUGCUGGUGGCACAGGUUUAUCGUCCUAGUUAUUGUUUGUUUGCUCACAAGUAGAUAGUAGAUGUCAUGUGCUGAUACAUAGUUUCAUAUCUCGGCACUCCCGUUUUAUUAUUAUUGUCUUUUUUUUUUUUUCACUACUUCUUAUAAUUAAUGUCUUAUAUAGACUGUUGAUUAAAUGUGAGCUGCACUUUUGCAUGGUGUUCAUUCUCCUUUUACCCUGCAACACUUGGCAGGGAAACCACUAAUUGAAAUAACUGGAAAGAACGAGGCGGUUUGCAUUAUACACUUGGAUACCCCAAGAAUACUGUCACUAAUCAAUAAAGGAUACAAAUUCCGCUGACCGUUUUACCUUUUAAUUAUAGGGAAGGUGAGAAGACCAAGCUCUUAAUCGCAGCCCAGAGGCAGAAGGUGGUGGAGAAGGAAGCCGAGACCGAAAGGAAGAAGGCAGUGAUAGGUAAAUCUGAUCUUCAUCUCUAUAUUUCACUCAGAGUAAAUAUGAUUCUUCAUGCUGCAACAACCAAUAUACGCUUUAGUGACCAUACCAUUUCUUUUAUUAGAGAAAAUUAUUUGACAGUCGGAUUAUAGAUACCCAUGAUGCUCAUAAGCUUUCACCAACUCAAAACACAGCCGGCAAAAGUUCAUAAAAGUUGUAGUUCUUGAAAUAUUUUAGGUCUGUAUUAGGGUGCAGCAGUGAUUUGAAUGUUAUCCCACCCCCAUAGACACACUAAUUUCUGAAUUGUAGUGACUCAAAAUCCACCCAGAUUAAACCAGAGUUGCAGAAUUUUCCCGAUCCGCUAUUUGAAUGUCAGAUUGCUACAAUCUAGAGUUUACUGAAUAAACUUCUAGCAUGCAUUUUUAUGUACAAUCUAUUGGCACUGGGACUUUUGCCUGGUUAUAAACUUGGCAUUUUAACAGUAGAAUUUAAUACUUUCAGACUGUUUUGACGGUGUUAAUAAUUGAUACCUGCUAUGUGUUACAGUGGCUGGAAUAUUUGAUAAUUAUUGAGUGUGAUGGCAUGUGCAAUAUAUGAAUGUAACCGUAAUUUAAACUUUUGACUCCUAUAUCUUUAACCCAUCCUCUCCUCCAACUUUAUCCUGCCAGUUAUGUUUUGUUGGGAAUGCAGACAUUCUACCAUCAUGGAUGUAAGCCAGGCACCAGUAGCAGUGCAGAUUACAAUUGAGGUGAAUCCAUUUUCAUUUUAUCUUGGCAGAGGCAGAAAAGGUUGCGCAGGUGGCAAAGAUCCAUUUCCAGCAGAAAGUUAUGGAAAAGGAAACUGAGAAACGCAUCUCUGAGAUCGAGGGUGAGUUUCCAGGAAAAGUGGACUCCACGGGAAAUGCUGCUGAUAAAAUUCUUUUGGAUGUUUACUUUGUCCACUGUCAAUAAAAUUGAAACGGCACCUAGCCAAAUAGGUUCUAUUGAUCUCACUGAAGCUAAAUUCUUCUCAGCAAGCAAAUGGCAGCCAAAUGUUUUUGCUGUAAGAGAAAAAAAAUGGUGCUUCAAUGGUAAAACGAUUAUUGAGGUGGAUUUAGGAUUAUUGUAUUGUGUUUGGGGUUGUUAUCGGUCAAGAAGGACUUCGGAUUAAGGGUGUAAUUCCCCUGAAUGGUACCUAGGGGAAUGGAUCAAACUAAGAUCUAGCUUAUUUGAACCAAUAAGUAGCCGAAUGGUCUUUCAUAUAACAAGCUUUCCAUUAAAGCAACCAAAUGCCAUUCUGCACCUAGUAAAUACGAUUCGGAAAUCUUGUUAAAUUUAGGGAUUGAUCGGGUUCAGUGGGCUCUUUUGCCACCAUUAACCUUUACAGCUCUUUGUAAGAAUGAUGGUGCUUAGUAUCUGGGCACUGUCUCCCUCCCUCUGCAUCCUCAGCCUGUCAUUGAAAUCCAAAAUUCAUCAGCUAAGGCAGAAAUUUACAUUGGCGUUAAUCAAGGCACAGCAGCAGAGUGGACUUUGCGUGCUAAUAGUCUCUGUUCUCGUGAAAACACUGCAAUUAUGUGACAUUAAAGGGACACUAUAGUCACCCAGACCACUUCAGCUCAAUUAAGUUUGCAUCUGAAGGGUUAAAACCUGAGGGACCUGGCACCCAGACUGGUGCCAGGCCCCUCAGGUUUUAACCCUUCAGAUGCAAACAUAGCAAUUUCAGAGAAACUGUUAUGGGGUUAAGCCAGCCUCUAGUGGCUGUUUUCCAGACAGCCACUAGAGGCGCAUCUGCGGCGCUGGAGGCAUAUUAUGCCUUCAUCGCGCAGAGCGUCCAUAGAAAAGCAUUGAGAAAAUUGACCGCUUGAAUGCGCGCACGGCACUUGUCGCGCAUGCGCAUUCGGCUCAGCUGACGUCGGGGGAGGAGAGGUCACCAACGCCGAGGGAGCCCGGUUCUGGAAUAAGGUAAGUAACUGAAGGGGUUUUAACCCCUUUAGUGCCCUGAGGGUGCCCCUCCCGUGUCACUGUAGUGUCAGGAAACCUGCUUUGUUUUCCUGACACUAUAGUGAUCCUUUAACCAGGGAGACCAUUUUGAAGAUUAUUUGCACCAUAACUACUACAAGGCACUGCAGUUGUUAUGGUGCUUGGUGCCCAUUCAGUUAACCUUUUGUUGCCAAUCUGGAUGUCACUUACAAGCUCCAAUAUACACAACAUAAAUGAGCAUUUUGAAAUUAAACCAUGCAAUUCAGUACAGAUAUGUCAAUCAAGAUAAUGGUAUAAUAUACUUUUUCCAGAUUCGGCUUACCUUGCCAGAGAGAGAGCUAGAGCAGAUGCUGAAUAUUACACUGCACAACAAUUUGCAGAGUCCAACAAGGUAAGAAGAGAAUUUGGAUGUUUCUUGACAUGCAAAACAUUCACAGCUCUUACUCUAGAGCAGACUGUAACAGAAAGUAAGAAUCAUAACACUAGUAUUUCCAAGGUGUCUUCUAUAAAUUGUAACGUUAAAGAAAUGCAAACCUGUAUUCAUAAUCAUGUAGUAUCCUUGCUGCGGUUUCGUUUUAACUUCCCCCAAAUAAUUUCUACUGUUAAGUUAUGCUACAACUAAUAGAUUUAUAAAAUGUGUGGUGUCUUUUUGAAGUGUACAGCAGUAUCGUGAUCAGUAUGAAUACAAAUUAAAGGAUUACGCUAAGCAUCAUAAUCCCUACAUCCUGCUUUACUGGUUAUGAUGCUUCGAGUGCCCUUAAGGGGUAAACCAGUUGAACAUUUAUUCUGCCAUACGUUCUUUGGCUGAGCACUCUCAGACAAUGAAUGAAAGCCUGUGCAAAGGAUAUGAACAGAACUAACAUUUGCCAGUCUGGAACUCUUGUUUUGGACAAGCUAAUGAAAGCUGCUGUAGGUGGAGUUACACCUCCAGCAGCAGAAUGAAAUAUUAAAGUAUGUGCAUAAUUUCAUACGGAAACACUUCACAUACACAGCCCUUGCACCAUUUUACUUCAGAAGUGGUUCUAGAGAUUGGAGUUAAAACUUUACAUUUUGUUUGAUGGGAAUAGACAUUUUGUUUUUCUACCAGAUUACCAGUCACAUGAAUACACUAUGUGCCAUUAUAGUCCACACAUAAUUUGAAUAAUUGAAUUUUGAAUGUAAAAGGUUAAAAUUGAAUCUAUACAUCAAUCAACUCUUGACAUAGCGGGUACUGUCAACACUCUAUAACUGCAACUACAGUGCAUGCGCACUCAUACAAUCUGUCAUGCUCUGGGAAUGAAGAGAGCAUGUUGGGAUCAUGGGAACGUGCAUCAUUUGGACGGGGACAUAGGAAGAGUGAGUUUUACAUUAGUGUGAAAAACUCACAAAUCCAGUAUACAGUAGGUUACUGCUAUCACCAUGGGUAAAUAUUUAUUUAUAAAAAAAUGAAAUCUAAUAAUGUGCUUCCCCCAUUCUUCCCAGAUAAAUUUACCCCAUUUAUUUCACGUGUUCCUUCUCUCUUUUUGCAGUUAAAACUUACACCUCAAUAUUUGGAGCUUAUGAAGUACCAGGCAAUCUCUGCCAACAGCAAGAUCUACUUUGGUAGUGACAUCCCAAGUAUGUUCCUAGAUAACUUCUCUUUGAAAUCAUCCUUACAACAACAAGAUGAUGGGGCUUCAAAUACCGAGGGCAAAACACGAAAGAGCAAAAAAGUAUGA